GUCCUGGUGAGGCUGCUGCUCUUGGUGCUAGUGCGUCUGCUCCCCCAGGUGCUAGUACGUCUGCGCUUGUUGGUACUGCGUCCACUGAGGCACUGCACACCUUCACACUCGACUCGGGUGCUUCCCGCUGCUUCUUCCGUGACCGCACUGCCCUUGAGCAGCUAGCUCGGCCGGUUGCUGUCUCUCUCGCUGACCCCUCUGGGGGCCCGGUCAUUGCGACCUCCUCCACUGUCCUCCCUUGUCCUGCGGUCCCGUCCGGCACCCUGUCGGGCCUUUACCUCCCCUUGUUCUCUACGAACUUGGUGGCGGGCUCUGCUCUUCAGGAUGGGGGUGUUCACCAGUUCACCCCUGCCUAUGAGCGUGUGACCCACUGUACGUGUGCUAGGACAGGUCGCCACCUAGCUACCUUCACUCGGCAGCCGGGGUCGGACCUGUACACACUGACCACCGAGUCCCCUCAGGUAGCUGUGUCUGCGUCUGCGUCAGGUCAGCUGUCGGCCCCCUGCUCGUGUCGCUCCCUGUCACACCAGACCGUUCUCUGGCACCACCGUCUUGGUCACCCAUCAGUGCAGCGCCUUCGUGGCAUGCACUCCCGGUACCUUGUCUCUGGUCUUCCCAGGGUUCUCCCUCCCCUCCCACCCUCGCCUGCUCCUCCCUGUCUUCCCUGCGUCGAGGGGCGGCAGCGCGCCGCUCCUCACUCCUCCUCGUUCCCUCCCACAGAGGCUCCUCUGCAGACUCUCCACCUGGACGUGUGGGGCCCAGCCCGCGUCCGUGGACAGGGCCACGAGCGGUACUUCCUGCUGGUUGUCGACGACUACACGCGCUACACCACGGUCUUCCCCUUGCGCACCAAGGGUGAGGUCCCUGAUGUUUUGAUCCCCUGGAUCCGCGCUGCUCGUCUCCAGCUCUGCGACCGGUUCCAGUCGGACUUUCCCGUCCUGCGUCUGCACUCUGACCGAGGUGGUGAGUUCUCCUCUGACCUCCUGGCAGCCUACUGUGCGGAGCACGGCAUUCGCCAGACUUUCACGCUUCCGGCCUCUCCUCAGCAGAAUGGGGUUGCUGAGCGCCGCAUUGGCUUGGUCAUGGACAUCGCUCGUACCUCCUUGAUCCAUUCGGCUGCCCCCCAUUUUCUGUGGCCGUUUGCGGUCCAGUACGCUGCGCAUCAGCUCAACCUCUGGCACCGUGUCUCCAUUCCGGAGACCUCGCCCACACUGCUGUGGACGGGGCAGGUUGGCGAUGCGUCGCGUUUCCGUGUCUGGGGUGCUCGUUCCUUUGUCCGUGAUACCACUGCGGACAAGCUCUCCGCCCGCGCUGUGCCUUGUGUCUUCCUUGGCUUUGUCCCCGACGCACCUGGUUGGCGGUUUUACCACCCCACCUCGCGCCGUGUCUUUGCGUCUCAGGACGUCACCUUUGACGAGUCGGUACCCUUCUACCGUCUGUUCCCCUACCGCACUGCUCCUCUCCCCCCCCCGCCUCUCUUCCUCACCCCAGGUGCCCCUCCGGUAGACCCCCUCCCUCCCCAGGGUCCUGCUCCCUCAUCUCGUGUCCAUGCUGAUUGCACCUGA